AUGGAGAAAUGCUAUCUCACGUCUCUUCCACGCGAAGCUAUGCGCACGCUUGCCGGCUUUGAGCCUUCUCGAGGGAAUUUUUUUGUUGCACGCGCGUCUGUGGAACCUCCUCGCGUUUUACAGAGUAUGAUCUUUCCUCAGGUUGAGAAGUGGCAACAUGCAAUUAACGAUGGUAAAGCUGAACAGUCCAUCGCCGCCGGAGGAUUUCUAGAAUUACUUCAAUAUCUUCGCAAGGUUAUUCUACAGGAUGCCGUCUUCUUACAAGAUUUUCCUCCACAUCAUCCAGUGUGGCAGCACGAUAUUUUUUCCUCGGACGAAUUCAUGAAAUUCAAAGGUGAAACUCGAAAAACUAUAUAUACGAUGGAAAACCCGGCUGAUCAGAGGUUGCAAAAGGCGAUGCCUAUUUUGAAGGCCAGGCUGGAGGGUGCACAUCAAGAUCUUAAAACAUCUAUUGAUCGCGUAAGUUCAACAGUCGACGCAAUAGAAGGGAACAUCGCCGACAUAUUGCGCACGCUCGAGCCGCUUCGAGGAGGAACCGCUAUACUUCAGGUCAAGCUGGUUUCGAAUCCAGCUAACAAUGUCGCAGCAUUUCCUAGUUGCAGCUCGACUGUCACAUCUGAGGCUCGUAGUGAUCAACCCUCAACGUCACAUUAUAAAAUGCGUAGAGGUUUGGAGUCUGUCAAAGAGCUUUGGGAAGAAUGGAGUGUUGGUUUUGACGGGGGUACACCCGUAAGAGAGCUGGAAGAACGCUACGGUACGAAGUGGUGCGACGCUGAUGAAAGACGGUUUUUCAAUCGCCGUAGAUCUGUUCUCAACUUUGUUCAGCAAUUAUCUCGCGAAGCCCAGCGUGAUACCGGCGUUGGGGCGGACGUAGCAACUCAGUUGGCUGUACACUACGUGGAUGACACCCGUAAAACGCGAAGAAAGACGCUCAAUUGGCUUUCCAAGAACAUUGCUCUAAUUCAUGAUGAAGUGAAGAGCCGCCUGAUUGCACGGAUCUCGCUGGAUCAAGUUGCUACAUCCCUUUGACUUUGUGGUAUCGUAAAGUGGCCGUUACUGCGCAGUACCGCAGUGUGUCAG